AUGAAUGUUGCAAACUCCACUCAAACUCCACGGCCAAAACUACGCCGUAUAUUUAAGACACUACCUAUGAAGAAGCACGUCUCCGCCACCUCUCAUUCCCCGGCUAUCAUCUGCUUCUCCGUAACGAACAUCCAUUCCUUCCACGCCAUCGAGUCUUCUUGGCUCGAGGAGGCAAACCAUUUCCAUCCCAGAGGCAUCCCCAAAAUCUUCAUCGGCAACAAAGUUGACCUGAGAACGCAUCACGCUGGCGAAGGGCAUGUGGAAAAGGGGGGGAAUACGCUAGUCAACCUAUUUAUUGGGAUAAUGAACGACCUUGAGCAGGCCCGUCAUUGCAACCUUGGAUUUACCCCUGAGUCAAUUGAUCAUUUCAUCGGAGCCGGACCAAACCUCCUCAGGCUUCCGGCACGUCUGCCUCAUGUGAGCUCGCCAGCACUGCUCCUCAACCACAGCCUUUUAAAGGAUUCAGAUAGUACCUACCCAUUGUUUGAAAACCUGAAAUUGGUCGAAGCUUGA